AUGACCACAAAUUCACACGACGUUUAUGAAUCAUACAAGAUGAGUGGUCAAAAAUACGUUAAUAUGACGAAAAAGGGAGACCUUGGAAUAUGUAGGCCUGGCUUAACUCAAGAGGCAUUCACCGUCAAUGACAAGUUUGAUUAUAAAACAAUUAUCGAAAAACUGGAAGUAUACGGGCUUUGUGUAGUCAAGAAUUUUAUAGAGCCUUCCACAUGUGAUGUAAUAUUAAAUGAAAUCGAACCGCAUUUUUAUAGAUACGAAUCAUGGCAAGGAUCGCCAUUUCCUAAGGAAACAACUGUUGCAACGAGAUCAGUUUUGCACUCGUCUACAAUCUUAAAGGACGUGGUAUGCGACCGUAUGUUUUGUGAUAUCUCAAAACAUUUUUUGAAUGAAGAAAACUAUUUUCCAGCGGGAAAGGUGAUUAAUAAAUGCACUAGUGAUAUUCAACUAAACUCCGGUAUUGUUUACAAGGUUGGUGCUGGUGCAGGCGACCAGGGUUACCACCGAGAAGAUAUUGUUCACCAUACGACUCACCAGGCAUGCGAGCGUUUCAAGUAUGGAAGCGAAACCAUGGUGGGAUUGGGUGUGGCUUUUACAGAUAUGAAUAAAGCAAAUGGUUCCACGCGAAUGAUUGUUGGUUCACAUUUGUGGGGUCCACACGAUUCCUGUGGGAAUUUUGACAAGAGAAUGGAAUUUCACGUGGAUGCUGCAAAGGGCGACGCAGUUCUAUUCUUGGGGAGCCUCUACCAUGCAGCCAGUGCAAAUCGUACCUCAAAAGACAGAGUUGCUGGAUAUUUUUUUAUGACAAAGAGCUACUUGAAGCCAGAGGAAAAUCUUCAUUUAGGAACUGAUUUACGAGUAUUUAAGGAUUUGUCAUUGGAAGCCUUGAAACUGUUGGGGCUGGGAAUUAGUGAGCCAUUUUGUGGCCACAUAGAUUAUAAGAGUCCAGGGCAUCUUAUCAAUUCCAGUUUGUUUGAAAAUGAUAUUGAAAAGGGAUACUAUGGGGAGACAAUAAGGGUGAAUUAUGGGUCCAGGCAAUGA